AUGGGCGAUCGAUACCUUACUCUCACGGGCACCGGUGCACCAAGGCUUGUGCUCGCGCCGGAUCCGCGCCGGAACGGCGGGCCAGACAUCAGUGAUGAUUACCAGUACUGGAAGCUUGUCUCAAUGCAUGAUGACUCUGGAAAAAGGCUAAUAGUACUUUUUGUGCACUUGCAUCAAUCCAGCGGCCUGCAAAUCCAAAACGUCGAGACGGGGGGUUGGCUAGAGGUCACGAACUCCGGGACACGGGUCCAGUGUGGGAUGACGGAAGUCGGUAGCGAGACGAUCUGGGAUCUUGUCUUGCUUCCUACGCCAUCGGCCCUGCUUCAAGGGUUGGCGGGCACAGGGGCGGCUUCUCGUGGUGGCUCUAGCCGCUCGUCGCGCCCUCGCGGGCGACGAGAUGACGAUGAGGAUACGAGGGAAGACUCUGAUUCCUCUAUAUUGGAGUAUAGUGAUGACUCUUGUGACGAUGGGUGGACGAUUAGGGCAGACCCCGUUGUGAGGCAUCGAGACGGCCUGGCGCAUCAGGACAUUACCAUGCGCAAAUGCUGA